GUAAGUUUGGUGGGAAACGCUGUAAUUUCCUUUUUUACUUUCAAGGCACUAGUACAGAAUCGAGCAUGGAUGUCCUCUUUGUAGCCAUCCUUGCUGUGCCACUCAUCCUGGGACAAGAAUAUGAGGAUGAAGGACUGGAAGAGGAUGAGUAUUAUCAGGUGAUCUAUUAUUACACAGUUACCCCCAACUAUGAUGACUUUGGUGCAAACUUCACUGUUGAUUACUCUAUGUUUGAGUCAGAGGACAGGCUGAACAGGUUGGAUGAGGAGGUAAUGGAAGCAGUAGAGACUACCAUUAGUCGUGAAACAGAUCGUGCAGACCAUCAGAAGCCUGUGACAGAGAAACCAGUGACAAUGGAACCAACGCAAGUUACUGAUGGCUUCCACGUGCUGCACUCGUGAGCUGAGGCGCUGAAAGAGGGGGGAGAGGGGCCGGUUCCCAAGGAAGAGCCAAGAGCCCCACAUUUCAAGGCUCACACCUCAGGUCACACGACCAGCCUGCACACUCCAGCUGCGCGGCUCCGGCGCACCACCAUCCUAUUUAAGGUCACGGGCUCCGCCCUUUCCCUCCCCUCCCUUCAUUUCCACUCUUUUUCCAUCCUCCUCUUCUCGUCACCGGGUCCUCCUCGCUAGCCGCAUGUAGGGGCGGAGCACGGAAUGCUUACUUUCCAACCAAUCGUCACCUGACAGCCUCGUUAUUGGCCGAGCCCCUGUAUGCUGUAGCAAAUAGGAUGUGACCUUCAGUAACGAGAGUCACGUGCCACCGGCUACACAACCAAUGAGGGUGCGAG